AAAUGCCCCAAAAACCGAUUUCACCCAAACCAUACGAUAACCGUAAGAGUGUUACUGUUGUUGCAAGCAGAGUAAGUAGACGCGGCAGUGUUGAGGGGACAGAAGAAACUGAGAUCCAGGCACAAGUUCAUGUACCCGAAGAAGGGGGUUGGGGCUGGGUGGUCGUUACAGCUGCAUUCUGUUCAACAUUUUUAAUGGAUGGCAUAUCAAUGACGUUUGGCAGUAUGCGUCCAGAUAUAACCUUCGAUCUCGGUAUUUCUGAAACGAUAACAUCGUUAAUCAACUCGAUUGCUCUGGCUUUAUAUUUAAUAGCAGGACCUUUAGUGUCUGCUUUAAUAAAUCGAUUUGGGUUUAGAGCCUGUGCUAUGACAGGUUCAAUAAUAUGUUCUCUUUCAUUAUUCACUUCUUAUUUUUUAGCCACUUAUGGACCUCUUAUUCUAUUCUAUGGCGUAUUUUUUGGCUUGGGGCUUGCUCUAAUCAAUAUGGCUACAGGUCUUGUCGUGGGCUUUUAUUUCGAAAAAAAACGGUCUUUAGCAAUAGCGAUAUCUACAUUUGGCUCCAGUGUUGGGGUUAUGGUUUGGUAUCCAAUUAACGUAAAUUUAGUUAAUGUAGCAGGUUGGCGUUCAUUGACUUUACUUCAUUCGGGGAUGUUUGGAAUUAUUUAUUUUCUUGGAAUGACUUACCGACCUUUACUCGAGUUACAUGUAGUAAAAACUGAAGUUACAGACCAGCCAACUCGUACAGUUACGUAUUUGCCAAACGUGGCAGCAGCUGCAGCAUCUCAAGGGCCUAAAUCUGACGGCACUAAACCAACAGCAGCAGAACGUCUAUUCGCUGCAGUGAAGAACGACAAUUUUCCCACAGGUGCUGCUGUGGUGAAAGACAAUGACGAACCUCAAGCUCUAUCAAGUCAGCCUGGGCCUUCUGCUGGAGCUCCACAUGUCUCCAAACUAACUAUUACUGCAAUUACACCAAAAGGUGGUAUCAGUAAACGUCAUUUACAACAAGUCAAAUCUAUCAUGUCUAAAACUAGCAUGGCGGGGGAUGCUAAACAACAGAAACUGCAAAUUGCUGUCCAAGAAGAAGAAGAACCCAAAAAAGUGAGUUGUUGGGGCCGGCUCUGUAAUUGGGAGCAACAUGUGCCCGAAUCACGGCCUAUGUACCGGGAUGACGCAUUUUAUGACGGAAAAAUUGAACAUUUGCCUGAAUACCAAAAAAGUAGGGCCGCAGUUGUGCCUGAAGAAGAAACUGGGCUCGAGUAUCAGCUAGCAGUGUCCCGUGCGGCUACUGCACAGGAUUUACAAGAGCGUCGCGGCGUAUUCACUACGGCGGUACGGAGAGUUCUUGCAACAAUGAUGGACCCCAAAUUACUAAAAUUAACAACCUUUAAAUUAUUUUGUGCUAGUGGAUUCCUUAUUUAUUUAGGUUUUUUAGUACCUUAUUCAUAUAUACAAGUCAGAAACUUACACGCUGGUAUUGAUCCAAAGCAUUGUAGCUUAUUUGUCAGUGCACUGGGGGGAUGUAAUGGUCUGGGCAGGCUCAGUUUUGGUUUUAUAGCUACUAAAAUUUGCCCAAUAAAACUAACGGCUACCGCGUUGUGUGUUGCUGGCGUGAGUACCAUAAUAUCAAAUUUUUCAUUCAACACGAUUUUUCAGUAUGCAUAUUGUGGUUUAUACGGGUUUAGUGUAGCUUGUGUGGUUAGUCUCAGGGCUUUGAUGCUUGUUAAGCUUUACGGACUAGAGAAGCUAACAAAUGCCACAGGCAUGAUAUUGCUAUUUCAAGGAAUAGGAAGCUUAAUCAGCACACCAUUAGCAGGUGCUUUGACAGAACGUUUUGGAUUCACUGUUGCAUUCUGUGUGGCUGGGCUAUUUAUUACGUUAGGUGGUCUAAUUUUGAUACCUGUGAAUUACAUAUAUUUAAAAGAAAAUCCUUUGGUACCACCGAAACCGGACAAAAAUAAAAAAAAAUCUGUAGCAUCAAACCAGCCUGUAAUCAGUAAAACUAAAAAGUAA